AUGAGCGACGCUGAGACGGGUGGGCCGCCAACGGAGUUGAGCAGGCACCUGGCCCUCGAGGUGGGCAAGGCCCCCGCCAUUUUCCGCUACGGCGCCAUCAUAGGGUACGUCGUUUACGCAUUCAUCGUGGUCUUUGUCGACUACCACGCGAUGUACCUCUUCUACCACAAUGGGGGCAUCCUGCCGCUGAUGGUGCUCAUCCUGUUGGGCUGCGCUUUAGGGGUGGACCCGGCCGCAACAUAUCUCUUCCGGAGCAGGCCGCUCUUGCUUAUGGGAAGGAUUUCGUACAACCAGUACAUCCUUCAAGAGACGGUGUGGGACUUCGCCGAAUACAACAUCGGAGUGCACAGCUCCUUCUGGAAGAAGGUGCUGUUCCCAGUGCUGCUGUUAGCCUCCGCGUACUUGUGCGAGCGGUUCUUCACCAGCCCCCUGACCCAGUGGCAGCGCUGGCGCCAGGAGAAGAAUAUCAAGGGCAUCGACGACUGGGCCAUCGAGAAAACCCUGAGUAUCAAAAGCACCCUGUCUGAAAAGGUCUCAAUCUGGUAG